AUGCGGUGCGUUAGUGUGGAAACAAAUCUUCGCUGCUGGCUGCUGCUGGUGCUCGUCACGGUGGCGGCCAGCGGGAUCGAGCAGAUCGGAGCGCACAGUCCGGGCCCUGGGCCGGGGCCCGGAUUCGGUGGCCCCGCCGGCGUAGUGAUGAUUGCUCGGCGCCGUUCGUCCAGCGGCGACGGGGCAAUGCAAUCGCGGGCGGUCGAGACGCGCGUCCAGUUUAACGUAUUCGAGAACGAACCGAAGGGCACGGUGGUGGGCUACAUUCCGACGAAGCCCGGUUUCACGUAUCGUUUCAACGAGCCACCGCGCGAGUUCGUCCUGGACGCCAGCACGGGCGAAAUCCGAACGAAUGCCAUCCUGGAUCGGGAGGCGACCCGCAACGAUCGGUACGAUCUGGUGAUCCUUUCCAGCCAGCCGACGUACCCGAUCGAGGUGCGCAUCACGGUGAUCGACGUGAACGACAAUGCGCCCGAGUUCCCGGAGCCGACGAUCGCGGUGUCCUUCUCGGAGAGUGCCAUCACCGGCACCCGGUUGCUGCUGGAUGCGGCCACCGAUCGGGAUACGGGCGAGAACGAUGUGACCGACGAUUACCAGAUCGUCGGAGGGAACCACGACGACAAGUUCCGGUUGGCCGUAACGACCAGUCCGAACGGGGACGUGUACUAUCUGCACCUGGAGACGACGGGCAAGCUCGAUCGGGAAACGCGCGGGUUCUACGCGCUCAACAUCUCGGCCAAGGACGGUGGGGAACCGUCGCGCUACGGUUAUCUGCAGGUCAACGUGACGAUCCUGGACGUGAACGACAAUCCUCCGAUCUUCGACCACAGCGACUACAUCGUGUCGCUGAACGAGAGUGUCCUGCCGGGGACGCCGGUCCUGCAGGUGAUGGCCUCGGACAACGAUCUGGGCGAUAACAGCAAGAUCACGUACUACCUCGCCGACAGCCAGACGCAGUUCACGGUCGAUCCGGAAACGGGUGUGAUCGCCACGACGGAGCAGCUCACCUGUCCGCACCAGAACUGUCAGUCGUUGUCUCGGCCGGACGGGACCUGCCCGAAGAGCUGCGUGUUUACGGUGUUUGCGCGCGAUCACGGCACCCCGCGGCAAGACGGCCGGACGUACGUGACGGUGAACCUGGUGGACACGAACGAUCACGAUCCGGUGAUCCGGUUCCAGUACUUCCCACCGACCGGGAGCUUUGCCACUGUCGAUGAAAACGCCGCCAACAGCAGCGUAGUGGCGGCCGUGUCCGUGGUCGACAUGGACGAGGGUGCGAACGGGGACACAAGCCUGAAGAUCAUUGCGGGGAACGAUUUGCAGCACUUCCGGUUGGAGAAGUCACCCAGCUUCUACAUUGUGCGCGUGAACGGGGUGCUCGAUCGGGAGGAGAUCGGCAAGUACAACCUGACGGUGGUGGCGAUCGAUCGGGGGACUCCGCCGCGAAGUGCCACGGCACACCUGAUUAUCCACGUGAACGAUGUGAACGAUCACGAGCCGGUGUUUGAGAAAUCGGAGUACUCGGCGGUCCUGAGUGAGUUGGCGCCGGUCGGAACGUACGUCGCCAGUAUCACGGCCAGCGACGAGGAUACGGGCGUGAAUGCGCAGAUCUUCUACGACUUUGUGUCCGGCAACCAGGAGCAGUGGUUUCGGAUUGACCCAACGUCGGGGUUGAUCACAACGCAGGCCGCCCUAGACCGGGAGGUGCACGGUCACAUCGAGCUGAGCAUUUCGGCCCGAGAUGGUGGCCCCAAUCCGAAGUGGGCUCACACGCAGCUGAAGGUGACGAUCCUGGACGAGAACGAUGAAGCGCCCCGGUUCGUUCAGCCCCAGAUCAACGUGACGCUGAACGAGAGCGCCAAGGCGGGCACGGUCGUCGUUUCGUUGACUGCGAUCGACCACGAUCAGGGCACGAACGGGAGCAUAACGUACGCGCUGCACGCCAGCGUCGAGAAGAGCUACCCGGGAACGUUCACGAUCGAUCCGGUGUCCGGACAGAUCAGCACCCGUGUGGCGCUGGAUCGCGAAAGGGUCGCUUCCUACGACGUGCAGGUGGUGGCCCGGGACCACGGAUCCCCUCCACAGUCCUCGACCGCUAUCGUGCACCUCACGGUGGAGGAUGCGAACGACAACAGUCCGGAACUGUACCCGAGGCACUACUUCGUCCCGAUCGCCGACAGUACCCCGGUUGGGAGCGUGAUCGCUCGGGUGACGGCAACCGAUCGGGACGAGGGGGACAACGCGCGCGUUACGUACGACAUCCUGGCCGGCACGGAUCCCGAUGGGUUGGUGGCGAUCGAUGCCGCCACCGGGACGAUCACUCUACGGGGAAGUCUUCAGAAAUCGCCCAAACCGAUCCACAAAAUCACGAUCGGCUGCAUGGACCGCGGAGGGCGCCGAGCUGAACGGACGGCGCUCGUGGAAAUCAUCAAGGAGUCGAUCGUGGAGGAGAUUGCGUUUGAUGCGCCGGGCUAUGAGUUCCGGUUGCUCGAAGACAAUGGGUUCGAACGGCGUCAAACGAAUCGGGAAGUGGGCCAUGUGCGCACGAAAGGCGGUGGUGCUGGCCGGACGGUCGAAUACUCGAUCGUCCGGGGGGAUCCGACGGAUGCGUUCCGGAUCCACGAGCGGACGGGGGUCCUGUCGACGGCACGGCACAUCGACCGGGAACAGCGGGCGGCGUACAGUCUCGUGGUGGCGGGGCGAAACGGGUUCGCUUAUGGGGAGGUGGUGGCCAACGUGACGAUCGGCGAUCUGAACGACAACGCACCGGUGUUCCUGUACGAUCACGAUGAGAUCGCGUUGCUCGAAAACACGGCCGUCGGGCAGGAGAUUUACGUGGCGCGGGCGAAGGAUGCGGACACCGGCCCCAACAGCAACGUGGUGUUUGGGUUGGCCACCAACCCGGAGGGUCUGUUCCGGAUUUCCGAGUCGACGGGUGUGCUGUACCUGAACCGGUCGAUCUUCGUCGAUCCGGGCACGGUGCUCUCGCUGGAGGUGAGUGCACGGGAUGGCGGGAAGCCCCCGCUGACGACGCGCAGUACCGUGCAGAUUGUGGUGGAGGAUGUGAACGACCACACGCCCGUGUUUGACCACACCUCGUACGAAACGUCGCUCCUGGAGUCGAUGCCGGUGAACUUCCGGUUUUUUGCGCUGGCCGCUUCGGACGCGGAUACGGGCGCCAAUGGGCGCAUCACGUACGCCAUCGUCGAGGGCAACGUGGAUGGGAAGUUUGGGAUCUUCCCGGAUGGGUAUCUGUUCGUGCGGAGUGCCCUCGAUCGGGAGGAGCGUGACUACUACUCGCUCACGGUGAGCUGCGCCGACGAGGGUCAGCCGGUGCCACGGAGCUCGUCCGUGCCCGUGAUCGUGCACGUGAUCGACGAGAACGACAAUGCGCCCCAGUUCACGAACAGCACGUUCGUGUUCAGUGUGGCCGAGAACGAACCACCGGAAACGUUCGUCGGUAAGCUGACGGCGCACGAUCGGGAUAUCGGACGGAACGCGGAGCUCAUCUACACGCUGGUGUACGGCGGUGGUGGCAGUCCGGGUGGGGUCAAGGCGCAAGAUCACGAGGAUUUCAGUAUCGAUUCGCGGAACGGGUUCAUCAGGACGCGCCGACCUUUCGACCGGGAAGCGUUGGUGCAGGCGACCGGCCAGGACUUUCUGACGCUGGAGGCGACCGUCUCGGACAACGGGAUGGUGCGGUUGCGUGAUCGCGUCAAGAUCAAGGUGACCAUCACGGACGUGAACGACAACGCACCGCACUUUAUCCGCGCUCCGUACCGCGUGCAGAUAUCGGAGGGUUCCACAAUCGGCACGCAGUUGGUGCGCGUCUACACGAACGAUGCCGACGUGGGGUUGAACGGGGACGUGUUCUACUACAUCCAGGACGGGAACCAGGACGAGCGGUUCUCGAUCGAUGACUCGACCGGUCAGAUCAUGCUGACGCAGGCACUGGACCGCGAAACGACUCCGUUCUACAGGUUGACGGUGGUGGCGCACGAUGCCUCGAUGCAGAACCGACUGAGCGCUUCGACGACCGUUACGAUCGAGGUGCUGGACGAGAACGAUGAUGCGCCGGAGUUUACGCAAACCCUCAGCCGGAUCGCGAUCAUCGAAACGACCCCGGUCGGCACGGAGCUCAUCCGGUUCCGGGCCACGGACAACGAUCUGGGGGCGAAUGCGCAGAUUACGUUCUCGAUUGCGGCCGGCAAUCGGCGCGAUACGUUUGCGAUUGACCCACUGUCGGGUUUCCUGUACCUACACAAGCUGCUCGACUACGAGGACACGCAAAGCUACUCGCUCAACAUCUCAGCGGCCGACGGUGGGAAUCCGCGACUGGCCACCACCAUCCUGUUCGUGGUGAACGUGAUCGACUCGAACGAUAAUCCGCCCAGCUUUCCGAACACCGCGAUCGUACGGCAGAUCCGCGAGGGUAUCCCACUGCACACGCCCAUCGUAACGGUGUCCGCCGAGGAUCCGGAUUCGGGCGACAACGGCAAGGUGACGUACGAGAUCGCUCACCAGGAUCCGGACAAUCGGGUGCGCCACUUUGGCAUCAACCCGACGACCGGCGUGAUCCACACGCUGCACGCGAUCGACCGGGAAGCCAUCGAUACGUACCGGCUGACGGUGCUGGCCACCGACCAGCAUCCGGUGCCGGCGCAGCGUCUCUCGGCCGAGAAGCUCGUAACCGUGAUCGUGGAGGACGUGAACGACAAUGCGCCUGUGUUUGUGUCGAUGAACGCCGCCAUCCUGUCGCUCAAGGACGUGCGGCUGGGGAUCAGCGAGAGUGGCCCGGCGGCCACCAUCAUGCACGUGAACGCCGAGGACGCCGAUUCGAGCUCGAACGGGCUCGUGACGUACGAAAUGAUCGGUGGCAACACGGGACUGUUUCAGCUGCAUAGGACGACGGGCGCCAUUACGCUCCGACGGCCGAUCGCUAAACCGGAUAUCCGGUACCAGUUGUCGGUGCGUGCCACCGACGAGGCCGUGCAGAGUGAGCGGAAAAGCAGCGACGCGUAUCUGACGAUCCUCACGACCAGUGCGGUCGUCGGGGCACCCGGCAAUGGCCCUGCGUUUGCCAAGAAGGAUCUCUCGGGGAGCGUUUCAGAGAAUGAACCGAUCGGGACGAGCAUUCUGACCGUGUCGGCGUACCUGAACUCGGUCAGUGACAUCGAGUACUACGUGACCAAUGUGACAGGCGGCGGGCGGCAGGUGAACCGACUGUUCGACAUCGACACCAAGCUCGGCAUCCUGUCGACGGCGGCCGAGCUGGACCGCGAGUCGGGCAUCGAGCACUACGACGUGGAAGUGUACGCGAUCGCUAUCGGUGGCGUCCCGCGGACUACGAGCACGCGGAUUCGAGUGAACGUGCUGGACAAAAACGACAGCCCGCCCAAGUUCCACAAUCUGCCGAUGGUGUUUAGCGUGUCGGAGGACCUGGCCAUCGGGCAGACGGUGGCGCGAAUCACCGCCACCGACCCGGACACGAUCGGGAAACUGGAGUACACGCUGCUGAAGGGGGACACCGCCAAGUUCGCGCUGGAACGGGAAACCGGUUUGCUGAAGCUCCGCGACACGCUGGACCGCGAGACGGUCAGCUCCUACCGGCUGACCGUUAGUGUGACGGACGGUAUUCAAAGUACCGAAACCACCAUCACCGUGCAGGUUACCGAUACCAACGACAACCCACCGGUGUUUGCCGAACCGGCGUACUCGUUCGAUAUUCCGGAGAACGCACAGCGUGGCUACCACGUCGGGGUCAUCCAGGCAACGGAUCCCGAUAUCGGCACCAACGCGGCCGUCACGUACACCGUCAUCUCGGACUGGGCGAACGAUGUGUUCUCGCUGAACCCCCAGACGGGUAUUUUCACCCUCACGGCGCGGCUCGACUUCGAAGAGGUGCAACACUACAUUCUGGUGGUGCAGGCGCAGGACAACGGAUACCCGAGCCUGUCGAGCACGCUGACCGUCUACUGCAACGUGGUCGACCUGAACGACAACGCGCCCAUCUUCGAUCCGAUGAGCUACUCGAACGAAAUCUUCGAAAAUGCUCCCAUCAACUCGGACGUCGUCACGGUCAGCGCAACGGACAUCGAUUCAGGACCGAACGGGCGCAUAGAGUACUCGAUAUCGGCGGGUGACGAGCAAGAAGACUUCCAGAUCAUGGCCAACGGGACCAUCCGGACGCGCCGAUCGCUCGACCGGGAAACGAAGAGUGUCUACAAUCUGGUCAUCACCGCGCAGGACUGUGCGCAGGAGCCCGAGAAGCGCCUUUCGUCGACCGUUCAGGUUUCGAUCCUGCUAAAGGAUAUCAACGAUCUGGCCCCGGAAUUUGUCAGCCCGAACGAGACGAGCGUGGCGGAAAACAUCCCGAUCAACACGGUGAUCAUGGCCAUCAAGGCGGUCGAUCGGGACGAGGGCCGCAACGGGUACGUCGAGUACCAGCUGGACGACCACAAGCCGGAUUCACCCGGAUCGUCGGCGUCGUCCGGACCGGGGCCGUUUACCGUUGGGCAGGCCGACGGGUUGCUGCGCGUUUCCGGUCCGCUCGAUCGCGAGGUCAAGUCGAGCUACGAGCUGCGGGUGAUCGCCAAAGAUCGGGGCGACCCGUCGCGGUCGACGCCGGCGCGCAUCCGCAUCAACGUGCUCGACGAGAACGACAACAGUCCCAUCUUUGACCCCAAACAGUACAGUGCGGCGAUCGCGGAAAAUGCCAGCAUCGGGGCCAGCGUCCUGCAGGUCUCUGCCACCGAUAUCGACGAGGGCGCUAAUGGACGCGUCCGCUUCUCGAUAGCGGCCGGCGACGACAACCGGGACUUUAGCAUCAGCGAGGACAGCGGCGUGGUGCGGGUGGCGAAGAACCUCAACUUUGAGCGCAAAGCGCUCUACACCAUCACGGUGCGGGCCGAGGACUGCGCCGGCGACAUCGACGGGGGCGCGGAGGUGCGCUUCGACACGGCCCGCCUAUCGAUCACCAUCACGGACAUCAACGACAACCCGCCAACCUUUCUCGACUCGCCCUAUCUCGCCUACAUCAUGGAGAACGUGAUCCCACCGAACGGGGGCUACGUAAUUACCGUGCGGGCGUACGACGCGGACACGCCGCCGUUCAACUCGCAGGUCCGGUACUUCCUGAAGGAGGGCGACACGGACUACUUCAAGAUCAAUGCUUCGACGGGCGAGAUUUCGCUGCUCCGGGCGCUGGACCGAGAGCUGCAGGCCGAGUACAUCCUGACGCUCGUGGCGAUGGACACCGGCUCGCCACCGCUGACCGGGACCGGCACCGUGCGGGUGAUCGUGCAGGACAUAAACGACCACAGCCCGGAGUUCGAGCGGCAAUCGUACGCGGCGACGGUGGCCGAGAACCAGCCGAUCGGCACGAAGGUGCUGUGGCCGCGGGCCACCGAUAAAGAUGCGGGCCCGAACGCACGCAUCGUGUACACACUGCUCGGCGAGCACUCGGACCGGUUCCGGCUGGACGCGGGCAGCGGCGAGAUCGCCACCGGCGCCCUGCUCGACCGCGAGGACGUGCCCGUCUAUCACUUCACGCUGAUGGCCCAGGACAGUUCAUCGACUGAGCCGCGGGCCAGCGUCGUUAAUCUGACGAUCGCGGUGCAGGACGUGAACGAUAAUAGCCCCAGCUUCAGUGCGCCCAGCUUCGCCGUCACGAUCCCGGACCGCAUCAAGCCGGGCCAGUUUGUGUUCGGCGCGAACGCGAUCGACCGGGACGAGGGCGCCAACUCGCGCAUCCUCUACGCGAUCGUCGCCGGGCCCGACGCCGGCCGGUUCCGCGUCAACGAGCACACGGGCGUAAUCGAAGCGGCCGUCGAGCUGUCGUCGCCGUCGGCGGUCGGUGGCCCGAAUGCGGCCGACCUCGUCUACCGGCUGACGAUCGUGGCGAAGGACCACGGUGCCGAGCCGCGCUCGGCAAGCUGCGAGCUGGUGAUCUCGCUCAAGUCGGCCCACCUUUUCCCCGUGUUUUCCUACCCCUCCGAGACGCAGUUUGUGCUGCCAGAGGACAUUGCGGACGGCAAAAUGGUGACCCGGCUGGCGGCCACCUCGCCGAAGAAGGGAGCGCUCGGUAACAUUCGGUACGCCAUCGCCGGAGGAAACAUCGGGGACGCGCUCCGGAUCGAUCCGAACACGGGCGAAGUGGCCGUAAACCGGGGAGGGCUAGACUACGAGCGGAACCGGCAGUACGAGGUGUGGAUCGAGGCGGCCGAUUCGGAUCGGCCGAGCCUUCGGAGUGUGCUGCAGCUUACGGUAAACGUCACGGAUGCGAACGACAAUGCCCCUCUGAUGGACCGCCAGGUGUACGUGGCGGAGGUGAUGGAGGAGGAACCACCGUCGCAGCUGAUCGCCAAAGUGUCCGCCACCGAUGCCGACUCGGAGGAGAACGGCCAAAUCACGUACCACCUGCGGGCCGACUACGAAGCGUUCGAAAUCAACACCGAUACGGGCGAAAUCUUCACGACGAUGCGGCUCGAUCGGGAGGACACGGCCCACUACACGCUGAUCGUGGAUGCCGUCGACCAGGGUGUGCCCCAGCUGACGGGCAGUGCGGCCGUGCUGGUGAACGUGCUGGACAAGAACGACAAUCCGCCCAAAUUCACGCGCCUCUUCUCGGUGAACGUGACGGAGAACGCGGAAAUCGGUCAGUUUGUGAUCAAGAUCACCUCGUCCGACUCGGACGUUGGGGUGAACGCGAACGCAAGCUACAUCUUCACGGAAAACAUUGGCCACAAGUUCUCGAUCGAUUCGACCACCGGCAACGUGACGGUUGCGGGGCACCUCGACCGGGAACUACAGGACGAGUACAUUCUGAAGGUGGCCGCCGUCGAUGGUGCGUGGCGUACGGAGACCCCGCUCACGAUCACCAUCCAGGAUCAGAACGAUAAUGCGCCCGAGUUUGAGCACAGCUACUACAGCUUCAACUUUCCCGAGCUCCAGAAGCCGAUCAUGUUCGUGGGCCAGGUGAUCGCGACCGAUCGCGACAAGCAGGGCCCGAAUUCGGUCAUCUCAUACUCGCUCCAGCAACCGUCCGACCUGUUCUCGAUCGAUCCGGCCACCGGGGAGCUGUUUAGCAAGCGCAAGAUCCACUACAAACACACGCAGAUCGAACCGUCGCCGGAGAACAUGUUCAGCCUGACGGUGCUGGCCACCGACAACGGGAAGCCCCCGAUGUACACCGAGUGUCUGGUGAACGUGAACAUUGUUGACGCCAACAACAAUCCGCCCGUGUUUGGGCAACCGUCGUACAUGGCACCGGCACCGGAGGGUGCGACCGCUGGCCAGCGGAUCGUGCAGCUUGCGGCAAAGGACGAUCUGGACUACGGUGUGAACGCGGAGAUUGAAUACGCGGUGACCGGUGGCAAUGGAUCGGCUCGGUUCGCGAUCAACAAACUGGAUGGGUGGAUCAUCGUAAGCGGCGGCGCUUCUCUUAGCGAUCCACCCGGCACGGUCUAUUCGCUAACGGUGCGAGCCAUCGAUCGUGGUGUACCGCCGCAGCAGGACGAAGUAGCGGUGACGAUCAUCGUGACGGGCGUGAACAAGUUUUCACCCGUCUUCCAGAGCCCAUCCUAUCAGGUGAUCGUGCCCGAAAACGAACCGGUCGGCUCGACCAUCCUGACCGUGAGCGCUCCGGACAACGAUGACGGCCCGAACGGGAUGGUGCGCUACUCGAUACUGGCCGGCAACGAGCGGAACGACUUCUCGGUGCACGCCGUCAGCGGAGCCGUGGUCAUCCGGCAGCCACUCGACUACGAUCUGGUGCAGGUCUAUCAGUUGAACAUAACGGCCGAAGAUCUGGGCUAUCGGUCGCGCCGAUCCGUGGCCAUGAUCACGAUCACACUGACCGACAUCAACGACAACGCACCGUACUUCAACCAGUCCGUGUACGGUGCGUACGUGGCGGAGAAUUCACCGCCCAACUCGUUCGUGUACCGCGCCGUUGCCCACGAUCGGGACUCACCGAAGAACGCGGUCAUCGUGUACGCCAUCGUCGGCGGAACGGGUCGCGAUCUGUUUGCGAUCGAACCCGGCACCGGGGUGAUAACUUCAACGGCCACGUUCGACUACGAGGAGCAGGAUCGGUACGUGCUGCGGGUCGUGGGCUCCAACCCGGACUCGGCGAUGCGCAACGAGACGAAGAUCGUGGUGCACGUGACGGGAGUGAACGAGUACUACCCGAAGUUUGUCCAGCCGGUGUUCCACUUCGAUGUGUCGGAAUCGGCCGAAGUGGGAUCGAGCGUAGGGAUCAUUCAGGCGACGGAUAAGGACGCCGGUGAGGACGGCAAAGUGUACUACCUGUUGGUGGGGUCGAGCAAUGACAAAGGCUUCAGCAUUCACCCGGAGUCGGGUGUGAUCGUGGUAUCGCGCAAUCUGGACCGUGAAACGCAGUCCCGGGUCGUGCUGACGGUGCUGGCGAAGAACUACGGAGGGAUUCGGGGCAACGACACGGACGAAGCGCAGGUGAUCAUCUCCAUCCAGGACGGGAACGAUCCGCCCGAGUUUCUGCUCGACCUGUACGAGACCACCAUCUCGGAGGGUGAUCCGCUCGGCACGAAGGUGCCGGUGGCGGUGAAAGCGGUCGAUAAGGACGUGCGCCCCCAGAACAACCAGUUCAGCUACUCGAUCAUCGGCGGUAACAAUGAUCACUCGUUCAAGAUCGACCCCCAGUCGGGGCAGAUCGAAACGACCCGGCUGCUGGACCGCGAGUCCGUCCCCGUCCACAAGCUGAUCGUUGGGGCCAUCGAUGGGGGAGUUCCACCGCAAACGGGGACCACCGUCGUGCAGAUAACGCUCUCGGACAUCAACGACAAUGGGCCGGUUUUUGACGCAAAGGACACGGUCGGUACGGUGCUCGAGAACGAACCACCCAACACGGUGGUCAUGACACUGGCGGCUACCGAUCCGGACCUUCCCCCCAACGGGGGCCCGUUCACGUACUACCUCGUCGGUGGGCGGCACAAGUCGUUCUUUACGCUCGAAAAACACUCCGGUGUCCUGCGGACGGUCCGGAGUAUCGAUCGGGAGACCACCGCCCAGCUGGAGCUGCUUGUGGAGGUGGAGGACAAUGGGUCGCCAAGGAUGCGGACCCAGCAAACGAUCACGGUGAACGUGAUCGACCAGAAUGACAGUCCGUCGACGCCCCGGAUCGUGCACGUGCUCGUGUACGUGUUCAACGGGGUCGUCCACGGAGAUGUGGCCAACGUGCACCCGAACGACGCAGAUCUGACCGGUGACUACCGGUGCAAGCUGCUGAGCGACCUCAACAAGCAACCGGUGACCGCGUUCUUCAUCAGCAGCGGCUGUCUAUUGCGCCCGACGGAACUGCCGCAAGGUGGCCAUACCGGCUUCCUGGUGUCGGGCAACGAUGGCAAACACCCGGACGUCAUUUCGACGGUGUCGGUUGAGUUCCUGCACUUUGACAAUGCCACGGUGGAGAACUCGAUCACGGUCCGGUUGGCCAACGUGAGCAGCGGUACCUUCCUGGCCAACUACUACCGCAACUUUAUGGACAUUGCCAAGGGUGCGGUGGAGGGCGCGGACGAGCUGAUCCUGUACAGCCUGCGGGAUGUCGAGAAGUCGCUCCACCUGACCGUGGCCAUCCGGAGUGGGGUCGCCACGAAGGGGUACCGCUCGGCGAAGUACGUCAUCGAGCGGUUAUCACGGAAACUGGAAGCCAUCAAUCAGCUACUGCCGGCGGCGUCAGCGACACGGUCUUCGACGGCCCUCAUCGGGUACGCACCGUGUUUGGCCAGUACCUGCGACAAUGGCGGAGUGUGCUCUGCCCACAUCCAGGUGCACGAUCAGAACUCGAUCACCGACAGUCAGUCGCUCAUCUUCACUUCGCCCCUCGUACGGCACGAUUUCGCUUGCCGCUGUCCCGAGGGUUUCACGGGGCCGCGCUGCGAACGGCGGCAGGAUCCGUGUUCACCGAAUCCGUGCCAUGCCGGAGGGCAGUGUCGGCGACAGGGUUACGAUUUUCAGUGCAGUUGCCCACCGAACCGGGAGGGUAAGUACUGUCAGCUGGAACGCGGUGAUAUCUGCUCGAGUGGCCCCUGCCAGAAUGGUGGUUCGUGUCGCGAGAGUUCGGACGGAUCGAGCUUCUUCUGCCUGUGCCGACCCGGCUACCGGGGUAACCAGUGUGAGGCGGUGGCCGACUCGUGCCGCCCCAAUCCGUGUCUGUACGGGGGGCUGUGCGUCAGCCUGAAGCCCGGCUACCGGUGCAGCUGCGUGGACGGGCGGUACGGGCGGUACUGCGAGAAGACCACGUUCGGGUUCCGGGAGCUCUCGUACAUGGCAUUUCCGGCGCUCGAUUCGGCCACCAAUGACAUCUCGGUGAUCUUCGCCACCACCAAGCCGGAUGCGCUGCUCGUGUACAACUACGGCAUCCAGAGCGGCGGCCGGUCGGACUUUGUGGCGAUGGAGGUGGUCAAUGGGCGGGCCGUGUUCUCGUUCGGGGGUGCCCGUACGGCCAUAACGUCGCUCGUCGUGGGCCAGCCGGCCGCCGGUGACAGUGGGUCGAUCUCGAACGGCGAGUGGCACAAGAUCACGGCCACGCGCAACGGUCGCGUGAUGUCGCUGAGCGUGAGCAAAUGCACGGAGAACGGAGACUUUUGCGAUGACUGCCGACCCGGUGAUUCCGCCUGCUACGCCGACGACACCGGACCAACGGGAACGCUCAACUUCAACAAGCACUACCUGCUGGUAGGCGGUCUGAUAGCGGCCGAUCCGGUCCUGGAGCGCCCAGGGCAGGUCCACUCGGACGAUCUGGUGGGCUGUGUGCACAGCGUGUCGAUCAACGGGCGGGCGCUGAACCUGAGCAACCCGAUCAAGUCAUUCGGCAUCGAACGGACGUGCCAACGGCGCACCAAUGGCCCUGGCGGUGGGCCGUGUAGCCUCGGACUGCCGGACGAUCCGGCCCAACCGCUGUGCGGCCCGUUCGGGCAGUGUAUGGACCGGUGGAACACGGCCCUUUGUCGCUGUGGUGGCUCGAUCCUUUCGCCCGACUGUUACGGAUCGCUCGAACCGUACUCGUUGCAGGAGGGCGCCUUCAUCGAGUACGAGAUUUCGGAGAAACACAAGCGGAUGCAGCUGCUGGAGAACCUGUACAGCGGGCGCGGCAACAUCUGGAGCUACGACGUGGCGCGCAACAAGCGGUACGGCGAGCCGGCGGCAGGGAGCGCCCGGACCGAGAACAUGUCCACGCUAACGAUCGGCGAGGAUCCGCCCAAGUACAUGAGCAUCCUGUUCAAGACGAACAAGGAAACGGGGCUGCUGAUCUACGCGGCCACCAACAAGCACUUUACGUCGCUGGAACUGAAGGGUGGCCGGCUGUACUACACCUCGCACCAGACGUCCUACGUGAACGUGUCAUCCGGCGCGCCAGGAGCAGGAGCGUCUUCGGAUGCCACCCCCGGAGGCAGUCUGGCCGAUGGCCGGUGGCACAACGUAACGAUUCACUCGCACAACCGCAUCCUACAGGUGCUGGUGGACGGGCGGAACGUAGUGUCGGACCUGGAUGCGACCGGAGUGCACGAUUUCCUUGACCCGUACCUGACGGUGCUCUCGAUCGGGAGCGUGCGGCGGGAGCACUUUGUGAACGAGGUGAUGCCGGCCGGGUUUCAGGGAUGCCUGGCGAACUUUACGAUCAACGGCGAGGUGCAACCGUUCAACGGGUCCGGCAGCAUCUUCCGGCACGUGGUGCACCGCGGGGCGGUGCUCCAGGGAUGCGCCUGGGAUGUGCUGGGGACGGCGCAGGUCACGAACCCGCUCAACAUCGGCAUCACGCUGGUGAUCGUGUUCUUCGUGAUGUUGCUCGUCGGGAUCUUCAUCUCGUUCCUGGUCGUGCGCUGCCGGAAGCAGCACAAGGAGAAGAGCGGCGCCCUGGUCGGCCACUCGGGCGCGACGGGGCCCGGGGGGUUGCACUCCGCAAAGCAGCACAACGGUGGCUCGACGAUGCUUGGGCCCGGGGGGCUCGGGUCGGGCGGUGGCGUUGGUGGCCCCGGCGGCGGCGGACUGCACGGUGACGGUAAUGGGCGCGGUCUGCACGUGGGUGACCUGUCGCUCGGUGUCGGUUAUCACUCGGAAAACGGAGCGGAUAUGUUGCGCGGUGUCGGUGGCCACCAUCUGGUGGGUCCGGAGCUGAUCUCGAAGAAGUACAAGGAGCGGGACCUCGGGUCGGGCGAACCGCAGCGACCGCAGCGGCCGGACAUUAUCGAGCGGGAGGUGGUGAGCAAGAGUCCUCCGUUGCGCGAGGAUCACCACCCGCCGUUACCGCCGCCAAGCCACGGCCACGACCACACAAACCCGUCGAUGGACCUGGGCAGCGAGUAUCCGGAGCACUACGAUCUGGAGAACGCCAGUUCGAUCGCGCCGUCCGACAUCGACAUCGUAUACCACUACAAGGGCUACCGGGAGGCGGGCGGGGUGCGCAAGUACAAGGCGACGCCGCCGCCGGUGGCCACGUACAACACGCACCACAAGCACCAGACGUCGGCGGCGCAACAGCAGCAGCACCGCCACUCGCCGCACCACGCCGUCACGGGCGGUGGUCCGUACGGACCGCACCGUGGCGUCCCUCCGCAAGCUAGUCAACCGCCGCCAUCGAACCCGGCACCCCGCCAGCACCAGUCCACGCCGCUCGCUCGGCUUUCCCCUAGCUCGGAACUAAGCUCACAGCAGCCUCGGAUCCUCACGCUGCACGACAUCUCGGGCAAGCCGCUACAGAGUGCACUGCUGGCCACGACGUCCAGUUCGGGCGGUGUCGGCAAGGACGCGCUCCACAGUAACAGCGAGCGGAGCCUAAACAGCCCGGUCAUGAGCCAGCUGUCCGGGCAGAGUUCGAGCGCGAGUCGCAAGAACCCGGGCGGUGGCGGUGGCGUCGGCGGAGGCCCCUGCCCGUCCGGCCAGCCGGGGCCCAACGGGGUCGUCGUCGUGAGCUCCGGCGUCGUCGUCGUGCCGUCCGUCGUGGGCGGCGGUCCGAUGGGCCUGACGGCCGAGGAGAUCGAGCGGCUGAACGCGCGGCCCCGCACCUCGAGCCUCGUGUCCACGCUGGAUGCCGUGUCGAGCAGCAGCGAAGCGCCCCGCGGGCCUGCCCCUCAUCUCACGCACAUGCAUCACUCGCCGGCGGUCGAUGCGCACAGUUCUACCUCAACCGAUGAGAGCGGCAACGACAGCUUCACCUGCUCCGAGAUCGAGUACGACAACAACAGCCUCGGUGGCGGUGUCGGUGGUGGUGGUGGCCAGGACACCGGUGCCAGCGCGGGCAACAGCCACCACAACAACAACAACAACGGCAGCAGCAGCAGCAAGUACGGCAAGGGCCUGCGGGAUCGUGACCGCGACCGCGACGACCCGGUGAGCGGUGGAAAGUCUACCGCCGGCGGUGGUGUCCCCGGUGGUAAGGGUGGUCCACCGCACCUGCCGCCACCGGCUUCGUCGUACGAUGGGUUCGACUCGUCGUUCCGCGGGUCACUCAGCACGCUCGUCGCCUCGGACGAUGAUCUGUCGAGCCACAUGGUCGGCAUGUACCGUGGUGGGCCCACCGGAGGGGGUGGCGUCGGCGGCACUACCUCACCGCAGUCGGCCACCGGUUGGGAUUACCUGCUCAACUGGGGCCCCAACUUUGAGAGUCUGAUGGGCGUGUUCAAGGACAUCGCCGAGCUGCCGGACACCGUCGUGAACCAUGGCCGGGUGCCGAGCGCACUCCGCAUCCCGACGGGGGUUCAAAAACCGUCCGAAGAGUACGUGUAG